ACUUACAGAAAAGAAGAUAUCUAAGUAUACGCUGAUCGAUGAAUCUGCUGCUCAAAAUGGCGGAGCUGAUCAACAAUGAAACCCUAUCGAUAGUACUUGCUGCUAUUUUCUUCAUUCUCCUAUACGUAUGGUUUUCCACUUCCACUCCUACUACAAAGAACUCACCACCUUCUCCACCAAAGCUCCCCAUCAUCGGAAACCUUCACCAACUAGGCUCACCACGGUCACCGCUACAUCUCUCACUUAAAGCCUUGUCUCAACACCAUGGCCCUCUCAUGCUCCUCCAUUUUGGCAGCGUCCCCGUUCUCGUCGUCUCCUCCGCCGAGGCUGCUCAAGCAAUCAUGAAAACACAUGACCUCGCAUCCUGCAGCAGGCCCAAGUCCACCGUCUUCGAAAAGCUUCUGUACAACUCGAAAGAUGUGGCCGCCGCGCCUUACGGUGAGUACUGGAAGCAGGUGAAGAGCAUAUGCGUGUUGCAUCUUUUGAGCACCAAAAGGGUUCGUACUUAUCGCGGAGUUAGGGAAGAGGAGACCAAAGCCAUGAUCAAGAAGAUAAGGGACUCAAAAGGAGUUGUGAAUUUAAGGGAGAUGCUUAUGACACUUACAAACAAUGUCGUCUCGAGAGUGGCUUUAGGGAAGAGUUACUACAGUGAUAGCGUUUUUAAGGAGCUUUCGACGGAGCAUACGGAGUUGCUUGGGAGUCUGUAUAUUGGGGACUAUGUUCCAUGGCUUGGUUGGUUGAGCCGUGUCACUGGUUUGGACGCCAAACUAGACAGAAUGGCUAAACGGUUUGAUGAUUUCUUGGAUAUAGUGAUUCAAGAGCAUAUGGCGGAUAGCACUCAUGAUCAGAAUAAGAAGGAAAAAAGGAUUUUGUGGACGUUUUACUUGAGAUUCAGCGGGAAAAUUUGCUUGGUUUUCCUAUUGACGACAGAACUGGCCUAA